AUGUUUUAACCUAAAAUGAUAGAAAAUUAAAAAGAUUUUUAAUGUAGAUUCCAACAUUCAUAACCUAUUGAAUUUGUGAUCCUUGAUUAAAGUUUACCAAACAAUCAGCAGCUGAUUUGCAAAAAUUGUUAGAAAAAUUCUCAAUUAGAUUUGAGAAUAGUAGAAUUCUAAAUUCUCAAAUCAAACUUUGAUGAUUUAUAAAGACAAAAAAUUGAAUAGUAUGCAUUAAUAAUUAAUCCUCAUAUCGACUCUGUAAAUAAAUUUUAAAACACACUAAAAUCCCUUAAAACAAAACUAAUUCAAUAAUUAGAUUAGUUAAUUUGGCUUUCUGAAGACUGGAUAAAUACUUUGGCAAAUUCAAUUGUAUCUUAUAGCUUUUUUGAUGAAUUGAAUAAAGUGUUGUAAUAAUAAUCUUCAAUAAUGGAUUUCAAUAAAUUGAUUGAAAAUGUAAAAAUAAUUCAUAAGAAUUGGAAAAUGAAAGUCAAUCAAAGAUUAGAUGAAUUUAAAAUCUAAUGUGAAAACUAAAGUUUUUAGGAUAUCUUUUAAUAACUAGAUAAUUUAACAUUUUAAUAAGAAGCAGAAGUUAAAUUCUAACCUAUAAUCAAAAUUAAAGAUUCUUAUAUUUUAUCAUUUAAAGAAUAAAAAAAUUUAGAUUAAUGGAAGGAAGGUACAAAUCGAUUGAAAGUGUUUGCUUGGAAUUAAAAUAAGAAAAAAUCAUAUUACGAAGAAUUGGAAAUAAGAUAUACAAAAGAUAAAGAAAUAUUGUAUAUUAAAGAUGGAUCUAUUAUAAGAACGUAAAAUUUUUUCAUGAUUACACUAGGGAUAAAAUAGAAGAUUUCACCAAACAGCCUGAAUUAAUAAAUAAUUUAGACUAAAUUCAAUUACUUUAAUUUAAAGGGAAAUAUGGAAAAAAUAACUAAAAAGUGGGCAGAUGGAAAGUUUAAUGGGAUGGUUAAACUUUGGAUGAUGUAGGGGGUGAGUACUAAGAGGAUGGUAAAAAGUCAGGCUAUUGGAAGGAACCUAUAAAAAAUUUUUGGAGGUUUAAAUCAUAUUAAAUAAAAAAAGGAAAGCCAUGGUUUAUGAAGCAGGAAAUUACGAUAAUGAUUAGAAAGUGGGAACUUGGAAAUUUAUCUAUAGAAAUAAAUAGAUGUAUCUUAAAUAUUGAUGAACUAUUUAGUGGUGGAGGAGAUUACAACUUACAAAGUAUGAAACAAGGAAAAUGGAUUGAAAUAGCAGAGAAUUUUUCUUCUUUUUGUUAAGUCACUUAUAAUGGAGAAUAUAAUUUAAAGAGUAUGAAGGUAGGUAAAUGGGAUAUUGUGGUUAAAGGAAAAUAAAUGUAAUAUUAUAAAAGUCAUAAUAUGAUAGAGGUGGUGGAUAAUAUAAUUAGGAAGAGAGAUAGAUAAAAAUUGGAAAGUGGAAAGAGUUGGAUAUGGGAUUUUCAAAAGAUAAAUAAGUUAUUUUUGAUGGAGAAUACAAUAUGAAGGGUAUAAAAGUAGGUCAAUGGAAUAUUUUAGCUUGGGGAAAAUAAAUGUAAUAUCUGAAUAGUAUUAUUUAUAGUGGUGGUGGAUCAUAUGAUUAAAAUGAAAAAAAGAUUGGAAGGUGGGUAGAGUUAGAUGAGAGGUUUGAUAGUAAUAAAGAAGUCACUCAAAGUGGUGAAUAUAAUAUAAAUGGUAUGAAGGUAGGUAAAUGGGAUAUAUUAUAUAAAGGAAGAUAUGAUGGGAAAUAUCAAAAAAUGUAAAUAAUUUAUAAUUACAUUAUAAUAUAUUAGUGGUGGAGGUUCAUAUGGAGAAGCUUAGGUUAAGAUAGGGAAGUGGAUAGAUUUGGAUGAAAAUUUUGAAUUUGAUAAAUAAAUCACCUAUAAUGGUGAAUAUAAUAUGUAGGGUUUAAAGAUAGAUAGAUGGGAUAUUUGGUUUAAAGGAAGAUAUGAUGGGAAAUAUCAAAAAAUGUAAAUAAUUUAUAAUUACAUUAUAAUAUAUUAGUGGUGGAGGUUCAUAUGGAGAAGCUUAGGUUAAGAUAGGGAAGUGGAUAGAUUUGGAUGAAAAUUUUGAAUUUGAUAAAUAAAUCACUCAUAAUGGUGAAUAUAAUAUGUAGGGUAUGAAGGUUGGUAGAUGGGAUAUAUGGUUUAAUGAGGGAAAUGAUAAAUAAUAUUAAUUAAUGUAAGCAUAAUAAUACAUAAUAAUAUUUUAGUGGUGGUGGAUCAUAUGAUUAAAAUUCGAAAAAGAUUGGGAGUUGGAUUGAAUUAGAUGAAGGGUUUAAUGAACAUUAUUAAAUGACAUAGAAUGGUGAAUAUAAUAUAUAAGGUAUGAAGUUCGGUACAUGGGUUUAAAUGGAUAUAAAAUGUAAUGAGAAAUUAUACGAAAAGACUUAUGAUAAUUGA